AGGGCACAGCAGGUGUGUGUCCUGGUGGCUGCCAUUGCCUUUUCCUUCGAGAUGGCUGUGCAGGUCCCAAGCAUCCUCCUUGCAGCAGCUGCGGUGCUGAUGGUGCUGAGCAGCCCGGGGGCCGAGGGCAGAGACUCCCCAAGGGAUUUCGUGUACCAGCACAAGUGCCAGUGCUACUACACCAACGGGACGCAGCGCGUGCGGCACGUGAGCAGCUACAUCUACAACCGGGAGGAGUACGUGCGCUUCGACAGUGACCUCGGCGAGCACCGCGCGGUGACCGAGCUUGGGCGGCCGGACGCCGAGUACUUCAACAGCCAGAAGGACAUCCUGGAGCAGAUGCGGGCCGAGAUAGACACGGUGUGCAGAAACAACUACAACAAUGAGGUCCGCACCUCCCUGCGGCGGCUAGAGCAGCCCAAGGUGACCGUCUACCUGUCCAGGAAGGGGGUCCUCAACCACCACAACACGCUGGUCUGCUCGGUGACAGAUUUCUACCCGGCCCAGAUCAAAGUGCGCUGGUUCCGGAAUGGCCAGGAGGAGACGGUGGGGGUCGUGUCCACGAAGCUUAUUAAGAAUGGGGACUGGACCUACCAGAUCCUGGUCAUGCUGGAGAUGACCCCUCAGCGGGGAGACGUCUACACCUGCCACGUGGAGCACCGCAGUCUUCAGAGCCCUGUCGCUGUAGAGUGGAGGGCACAGUCUGAGUCUGCCCAGAGCAAGAUGCUGAGCGGCAUUGGGGGCUUUGUGCUGGGGCUCAUCUUCCUCGGGCUGGGCCUUUUCGUCCGUCACAGAAAUCAGAAAGGACCUCGAGGGCCUCCUCCAGCAGGGCUUCUACAGUGAUUCCUGGUGUUCUGGCUGAGUUGACUGUCACACUAUAAAGCUUGUCCCUGUCCUCAGUUCCUGUCUGUGCCAGCCUGCCUGUCCCUCUCUGAUUCAGAGUCUAGCAUGGUUCCAGUAUACCCACCAGUUCAGCCUUUGUGAUCCCUGACUCCCCAAGGCUCUGUCUUUGCCUCUGCUCCUGGACUGAUUCUAGAGACUCUAUCUGUAUACUGCAGCACCAUCUACCCAGACCCCAGGCCUUCUGUUUCCACUGUCCCAUGGGGCUGCUGAAGAGAUGUUGAAAACAUUCACCUUUUUCAUAAUUAAACAUG